UCGUUGUCGUCGGGCGUCGAUCAGCUGUUCCCGGUUCACGAGUGCCUAGCUAGUGGGCAGUGGCUUCAUAAUGUGGGUUAAUUCAGCGUAGGACAUUGCCAUUUGCCCGUUUCCCGUUCGCGGUAAUACAACAACAACAACAAUAAUAAUAAUAAUAAUAUCGUUAUCGUAAGCGAGCCGCGAGUCGCGUGACCCGUUACCACAAAUAUCUAUAUAGGUACAUUGUGCAGCGUGAGACGCGGUCAUUCGAACCCGUUAUCUUAUUCGCAGUUUCGAUUCGCAUUUCGCAGUUUCGCACACGACCUAACCAGCAGCGGCUCGUCCAGUUCGACGGAUUUUCGUUCGCGUCGAACCGUAACAAUUAUUUACGACGCGAGUCGCCCUUAUCUCAAACCCGCCCUUAUCACUCACUCGAUACAACAACAACAACAACAACAACAACAGUACAAAAUUAAACGACUAUAAUAUCGAAUAUCGAUGUCCCAGUCCCUUCUCGUCAUCCUGGGUUAUUGGCGAUAAUAACGAUAACAACGGUAAUAACGAUAACAACGAUAACAACGAUAAUAACGAUAAUAAUUAUAAUAAUAACAAACACAAUCUCAUCCGACAGUCGAUAUCCGAGUCUCCACUGCUACGUGUGCGGAGCGAUGUUCAUUCGGGAAAGAUUCAAUACAAAUUGCGUUUGAAAAUGAACGACUGCCGUGCCGUCGUCUCCGAGUCAACGUUUCGCUGCAACCGUCGUCUCGUCGUCGGACGAACCGUUCGUGGAAGGAAUCGUGCGGUGCCCACAUUUCACGAUACUUAAAUGCAUCGUUGUUCGCCACUACCCCGUCCAGCUUGACGUGACGAAGCGCACAACCCUUAUAACCAACCGUUUUUGUGCUAGCGUACAGAAAAUUGGUAUCUAAUUUAUAUACUUAGUCAACAAAACCUAAAGUUCGGUAAUCCUUUUUCAAAAUCUGUAACAUUGAUUAUACCAAUGAAAAAAUCUAUGAUUUUAUCAACUUAUAACCCUAGAAUACUAAGAAAUGGUAAAAUUGUUAUUCCAAAAAAAAAGUAUACAACUCAAAAAAAAUCUAUUUCAAAGAAAAAGAUAAAUAAUAAAUUAUCUUUUCUUAAAACAAGUUCAAAUAAUAUUAGUAAUUUAAAUCUUAAAAAUAAAAAUGAAUUGAUGGUAGCUUCAAAUUAUAACCAUAUACUUGACAACCGUCAUUUAUAUGUGUUGCUUACAAGAUUACCACCAGCAGUAAUCAAUGGAGAUUUGUUUGAUGAUCAAAACAAUAACAAUAAUAAUAAAAAUUAUACAAAAUUAGAAGAUUAUAUUCAAUUAAAUGAACUUCAAAUAUAUAAUAAGCUUGAACCAAAGAUAGAUAAGAGUGAAAUGUUAACUGCGACAAAAGAAACUAAACAUACAAGUAUAAAAUCAAACUCUUUUAAUAAUAAAAGAAUUAUGAAAGCUAAAACAUGUGAUCAUUCAGUAAUUAACCAAACUCCUGAUGUACGAAUUACACGUGGAAAGACAAUCAAACUUCAAACAGAAGAAAGAAAACAAUUAGAUCAAAUAAUUUUUAAUAAAUUUCCUAACAACACAUUUAAAAUGUUUGCUAUUCAACUAUCUGAUAUUAAUGAAGAGGUUAAAUUUCUACGAACACUUGGAUUGAUAUGUCGUUUUAAAUGUCCUUUUAAUUGUAAAAUUAAAAAAAAAACAUAAUCAAGAUUAUUAAUGUAUUAUCUCAAUGCUUCAUAAUUUUCAUAUUUAUUUUAAUUAAUUAUAAUAAUGUAUAAUUAAAGACAAUUUUAAAAUGUUAGUUUUGUUAUUAGAUAUUAAUUCAAUUUAAUGUAGAUAAGUUUCUGGUAAAUAACCUUUAAAAUUUAAGAACUAGUUAAUUUUAAUUUUAUUAUUGUUUAACCUUAUAUAAUUGUACAUAAUUUAUUUAUUAUCAAUAUUAUGAACUAUUAUUGUUUAUAAACAUUAAAGCAUUAGUCAAUAUUUACAAACUACUUUAUUUAUUUCAUUGCACUUAU